AGAAUUAUCUGAUUAUAAACAAGAUUUGAUUAAAAAAGUUGAAUCAGAUGAUGAAAGUGAAAUUGAAUAUGAUUCAGAUCCACAAAUUGAAUCUUUAGCUCAAUAUCACAACAGUGAUCAAAAUUCUGAAGUUGAUUAUGAUUUAGAAGAUAAAUUUUCUGAACUUGAUUCAGAUGAUUCUGAUUAUACAU